AUGACUGCCUCACGACCAAUGACCGCAUUUUCUUGCCUCACAUUUGACUGCUAUGGCACCCUCGUCGACUGGGAAGGCGGCAUUUACAAGGCCCUAUUGCCGCUCACACGCCGGCUCCCCGCCUCGCACCCACUGCACGGCAACCGAUCAGAAACCCUCAAGGCCUUUACCAGGCUCGAGGGUGAGGUCCAGCGGGCCCGCCCCGAAGCCCUCUACUCCUCCGUCCUGGCGGACACGUACGGGCUCUUGGCUGCCGAGGUCGGGGUGGAGGCCUCCGAGGACGAAAAGGCCAAGUUCGGGGCUGGCGUGGGCGACUGGCCCGUGUUUCCGGACACUCUCGAGGCCCUCCAGCGGCUGCGUAAACACUUCAAGCUCGUCAUUCUCUCCAACGUCGAUCGGGCAUCCUUUGAGCGCACCUUGGCGCGGCAGCUGACGGGCAUCGACUUUGAUGCCAUCUACACGGCCCAGGAAAUCGGGUCGUACAAGCCCGACCGGAGGAAUUUCGAAUAUCUGAUUGACCGGUGCGAAAAGGACCUCGGGGUCGGAAAGGACGCCAUCCUCCACACGGCGCAGUCCCUGAGCCACGACCACGUGCCUGCGAAGCAAGUAGGGCUGGCCAGCGCGUGGAUUGAGCGGGGAGUGGAAAUCGAGAGCGUCAUGGGGGGUGGCUUGGACGAGUACAGAGACAGGGUCGACUUUUCUUGGCGCUAUCGAAGCAUGGGCGAGAUGGCCGAUGCCGUGGAUGCAGACGGGUCUUAG